GCCAUCCUAGAAAAAAAAUAUUGCUUCCGGUUGAUACACGACGGAAACAAACAACCCGGAGCACGCACUGAUAGAGUGGGUUCAGCUCGUUUGCUGCACUUUAAUCGAGGGCAGAGGCUCGUCCCUGUCUCCUAUGGAGUCACUCAACACUUUUGAAUCUGAGAUGGAGGCUGAUGGACAGGGAAGCUACUCUCUGUUUCCUGCUCUGGAUAGCAUUGCAAGUCUGUCUGGGACUGCUGAAACUCUGGAGAGCGAACCACCCAGUGAAAUUGCAGAGAAGCCAAACCUCACAUGGCUCGAUGCUGCCCAGAUUGUGCUGGAGGAAGCAGGACGUCCCAUGCACAUAAAGGAGAUUAAACAGAGAAUCAUCGACAGGGGACUCGUUCAGUCUAACGCAAAAUCAAGUCUGGAGGCCGUCAUGUACCGUGAGACACAAAAAGGCAGCAGGAGAUUCAAGAGGAUUGAGAACAGAAACGGAGUCUUUGCACUGCUGACUGAUGAGGAGCGUCAACAGGCCCUGCAGGCCUUCACUGCCCAGUCUUUCCUCGGCUCCCCGCAGCAGAAUACCAUCUCCAGUUCUGGCUCAGGUACCUCGGGACCCGCCUUCCCAUCCCCCACCAGUUCCUUUGAGCAUAAGGGAAAGAUGAAGAGAGGUCCGCGAAAAAACCAGAAUGAAAAGUACAGGCUCAAGUACCUGAGACUGCGCAAAGCAGCUCGGGCCAUGAUAUUUGAGAAUGCAGCUCUUUGUGAUGAAGUUGCCCACUUAGAGGAGAAGUUUCUGAGAGCAAAGGAGGAGCGCAGGUUCUUACUGAAGUCGUUGUUGCAGUACCAGUCUUUGUCAGAGGGAGAGAUACUGCCAACACCUGCAUCAAGCUCUCAUCCAGCUGUGCCGCCUGUUGCAUUAACCUCAGGUUCAGCUGGGGCUUCAGGCCUGUCCGGGGGGCAUAACCUUACAUCAGUGGUGUCAACAGGGGACGAGGGACCUCUUAAAAAACCCAAGAAGGAAAGGAAAGAGCGAGGACGAGAGAACGGAAAGGAGGAACUUCCAAAGAAAAUGUCUAAGAAGAGAAAACUAGCAGACGGCUCUCGGAAGCUGGUGCAACCCAUCCCUCUGGACUCAUCUGGUCGUCCCGUCUUUCCCAUCGUACUGGGAGGAUUAACAGUCUACAGUCUGGGAGAGAUCAUCACAGACAGAAUGUUGUUCCAUGACGAGUGUGCCAUCUACCCAGUGGGCUUCUGCAGCACUCGAAUCUUUGCUAGCAUGAAAAACCCUGACCAGCAGUGCCUCUACACCUGCCAAAUCAAGGAUGGUGGAACAGGUCCACAGUUUGAGAUUGUGCCUGAAGAAGAUCCUCAGAAUGCAAUUGUGGCCUCCUCUGCCCUGACGUGCCACUCCAAUCUACUAAUGACCAUUGCAUCUGUCAGCUCCAAGUCUGUUGAGCCCAUUGUGCCAUCAGGAGCAGACUUCUUUGGUUUCUCUCACCCCACCAUCCAGAAUCUGAUCCAGAGUUGUCCUGGAGCACGCAAGUGUAGCAACUACCGAUGGAUACGUUUUGAGGUGUGUCGCCCUGGUGAUGGCCAAGUUCCUCACAGCCUGUCAGAGGACGACGCCUCUGUCAACUUUGAUGCCUACCAGAGACACCAGGGCUUUGACGAGAACAUAAAGACGGAGCACAUCACAGGACAGACACCACAGUCUCCUAGUUCCUCUCAUCAGCACCACCUGACCUCCCCCACCAUGAAGCCCUCUACCUCCUAUUACAGCUCCUGAGAUUCUGCUCCAAAGCACCUCUGAAAUAACGGAUUGUAUUCAUCAAGAACUCUUUAUUUACCAGAUUUACAUUUUUUAAAAUUCCAAACAAUAUACAUUCAGUGUUUGUCAAACAGAGGUAGAUAAUAAUUCAAACCUAUGAUAUUUAUUCUGCCAUCUUCUAGCAAGCCCCAGACAAAGCAUUACUGGGGAUGUGUGCUAGCAUGGAUGAUGCCAACAUACUGGAUGUGGCUAGCAAGUUAGCUUCUUGCUCUGUAUUUAAAAUUGUAUUUGUUACUCGAUGACUCAAGCUGACAUUAUGUUGCAAAUAUAAUUAGUAUUGGCCUUUUCAUUAUUUUGGGAUGACACUGGGAAAAAAAAAAACUGUAUUAUGCCAAAAGUUUUGGUUCAUGGGCAACUAUUUGUGAUCAACUGUUGGUACCCUACUUAAUGUUGCAGUUGUAACAUUUUUCCAAUUGAAACAACUAUUGAUCAUGUUUGAUUAAUCAAUAAUUUGACUGCAUUUCCAUCUGUUUUUCUUUGAAGUAAAAGCAUUGGUUUUGAAUGCAACACACCCACACAAACUUAAUUGUUGAUUUGUCAUUUAUUUGUGCAAAUGAUACAAGUCGAAAGGACUCAUUUGUGCUAUAAACAUUUGUUCAAAUAAAACAUUCUGUCAUGAUCUACUAUA